AUGACGCCGACGUCGAUGCUUGCCCUGCUCACCCUCCUGUCCCACUCUCUCGCCUGGCCCGAGGCAGAGGGCAGGGAGCUUCACUACGCCACGGUGCCGGGCUAUUUCCUGCAAGACGACGCCUCGACGGACCCCGACGGCUUCGACUAUGCGGCGUGGAACUUUGGUCUCGUGAACCGCACCUAUCCCACCGACGACUGGUUCGACCCGGCGAGGAGCAAGACGCAGUGGCAGCGCUUCGCCUACUGGCUCGACCACCUCAACAACGGUUGUCGGCGGCAGGAGCGCGUGCGCUACAAGCUGCUCGUCUUUGGACGCCACGGCCAGGGCUGGCACAACACGGCCGAGUCCUUUUACGGCACACCCGCGUGGAACUGCUACUGGGCCGAGCUCGACGGCAACGGCACCUCGGUCUGGGCCGACGCCCUCCUCACCGGCCAGGGGCUCGCCGAGGCGGCCAGGGCCAACGGCUACUUUGCCUCGCGCUUCUCCCACCAGGGCAUGCCCUACUUUGACUCGUACUACGUCUCGCCCCUCUCGCGCUGCGUCCAGACGGCCAACGCGACCUUUGCCUCGGUCGACCUGCCAGCCGACCGUCCCUUCCGGCCCGUCAUCAAGGAGCUCCUGCGCGAGGGCAUCAGCGUCCACACGUGCGACCGGCGCUCGACGCGGAGCCGGAUCCGCCGCUUCGCCCCGGCCAGCUUUGCCUUUGAGCCCGCCUUUGCCGAGGCUGACGAGCUCUGGCAGGGCGGCGGCCCCGACGGCCGGGGCGAGACGGAGGCGCACGCGCUCACACGCGCCAAGGCCCUCCUCGACGACGUCUUCGCCCACGACGACGGCAUGACCAUCAGCCUGACGAGCCACUCGGGCCAGAUUGCCUCGCUGCUCACCGCCCUCCGGCACCGGCCCUUUAGCCUCGGCACCGGCCAGAUCAUCCCCGUCCUCGUCCGCGCCUCGGCCGCCGUCGAGGAGAGGGAGGAGCCUCGGGCCUCGGGCACGGCGCCGGGCUUCACCCGCGAGGUGACCUGCACGGCGCCGCCGGUGACGAGCAUCGCCGGGACCGGGUGCGUCUGCUCGACCGGCACGCUCGCGACGGCGACCAUGUCGAUGAUGCAGAUCUGA